GCUUCUGCGUACGCGUGUUUUUCGGCGGGAUGGACUUUUUUCAGAAACUCCCGAAAAUUGAACUACAUGCCCAUUUGAAUGGAUCGCUAAGUAAUUCUACGCUAUCCGAGUUGCAUGUUUUAAAAUAUGGAAAAGAACCCGCAACAGAGAGAGAUGAGAGCUUUUACAAAAUAACAGCUGGGCAAAAUCUAACCUUGAAAGAAUGCUUCCAGAAAUUCAAAUAUGCCCAUGAUCUUACCGAUCAACCGGAAACACUUGCAUACGCGACCCGAGCGGUAAUUCGGGACUUUGCGGUCGAUAACGUGAUAUACUUGGAGCUAAGGACAACCCCAAAAGCGACCUAUCACAUGACAAAGACACAGUAUUUGACAACAGUUUUGGAAACAAUCAGACAAGCUCAAAAAGAUUACCCAACAGUUACGGUUAAGCUGCUUCCUUCGAUUGAUCGCUCAAAAGGGUUACAGGAAGCAACAGAAAAUGUUUCGCUUGUGCUCGAAAUGCACCAGCUCUAUCCGGAUAUAAUCAAAGGAAUGGACCUAAGUGGUGCCCCUUAUGGGACGAAAUUUUCCGACUUCGCGACUAUAUUAGAGCGAGCUAAGGUGCGUGGCCUGAAGAUGGCUCUUCACUGUGGUGAGUUCCCUGAUGAUGACGAGGUUUGGGAAAUGUUCCAGUUCGGAACGGAUCGUAUCGGGCAUGGGACGUUCAUCGGAGGUAGCAAUUUAAAGUUUGCGAAAACUAACCGGAUUCCUUUCGAGUGUUGCCUGACUAGUAACGUUAAAUGCAGUACAGUAAAGUCGUACGAAGAUCAUCAUUUUAAGAAACUUUGGAAGGCUAAACACGAAGUUUGUAUCUGCACGGACGAUUUUGGGGUCUUCGAUACUAGUUUGUCCGAUGAGUUACGCAUUUGUUCAGAAACUUACGGGUUGAGUACACAAGACAUACUGCAACUACAGGAGAACACCAUCGAGUAUACGUUUGCCAGCGAAGCUGAAAAACAACAACUAACCAAAUUAUUUGAUUUGUUUAAGAAUACCCUAAAAGACAACUGAUUUCCAAUAAAGCAUUUUUAUUAUAACUGUUUUUUGUUA